UAUUUUAUGUUUCAUUCCAAACUAUUCACUCUAAAAUAUAUAAUAUAUUGUUUGAAUUUUUUUUAAUAUAAACAAUAUUGUAUUGCAAUAAAUUUAAUUUAAUUUUUCUAGCAGUAAUGUAAACUUUUUUGAAAAUAUGUGAACGAAAAUACGUUUCAAUAUUUUCUACAAUUCGAAAGUUUUACAGAGUACCGAUUUGCCUUCGCAACGCAAUUCACUUUCGUAACGCAUUUCUAUUCGUAACGCCUUACAGAGUAACCCCCCUGAUUUCAAUCAACUGUUUUUACUGCUGUUGUUGUUGAGGUUACCCAGGCCUGCCUGAAACGCCAAGCCUAUCGUAAUUGUCAGCGAAGUCAUCUAACGGGAGGCACAGGAAACGAGCUGUUUCGAUAGGGUCGGACCAAAGGGAAAGGGGUGUUAGAUGAGUAGGGUUAAGUCGGCAUUCAAAGAUGUGGUUAAUGUCAUGCGGGGACUCUUUGCAUGCAGGACGUAUGUUGAGUAUGUCAGGGUCUAGUCUGGAUAGGUAGAAGUGUUUUAUUUAUUUGAUACAUUUUGAAUUAAAUUCAGCUUAGGUACAUUUACUAUGGCAUUAUGCUUCUUAGCUAGAAAAUUUAAUUUGGCUGGUAUUGUCACCGGCGAAGAGAACGUACUUGGCGAGUCGUACGCUUUGGCGAAAAUUCGACUCGUUCGUAUUGUGACUGGCGAAUGAACACAUUCGCCUAACUUUUUUGUUGCCAUACCAAAAUAAUUGUAAAAUGGCACACGAAUUCAUCCGAAAUUGACAUUUUUGACGUCUUUAAUUUGAAAAUUGUUUUUGUUUACAAAAUUUUAUUUUAUAUUUCAUACAAGCACGGGCUUAUUGUUAAAAAUAAAGUAAACAAGUAAGGAAGGGCUAAGUUCGGGUGUAAUCAAACAUUUUAUACUCUCGCAAUUUAUUUAUUUAACUUUAUUUACAUAUAUUAUAUAAUAUACGAUUUGACCCACAUCGACCACAGAGACAGGACAGAGACAGUCACCCUGAUCAUUUUGAUAUAUAUAACGCUAUAUCUAACUCGUUUAGUUUUAUGACUUACAAACAACCGUUAUGUGAACAAAACUAUAAUACUCUCUUAGCAACUUUUGUUGCGAGAGUAUAAAAAUAUUUAGCAACAUUGAUUUAUAUUUUGAAGACAGUUAUAUUGAAAGCACAACAACCAAAUUACUUAGACAGCGGCGGUUCAUCAGGGAUCACUCCAAUCCCAUGGAACUUUCUUCCGUAUUAUUUAAGGAAAACUUUCGGCUAAGCAAUGAUGCAUUUAUGUAUGUGUUUGACAAUAUAAAGGAAACAUGUCCUUAUCAGCUAUCGUCGUCAAUAUCGCCAAUGUUGAAAUUGUGUUGCAUUCUUCGAUUUCUGGCUCACGAGAGCUAUCAACAAACAGUGGGAAAUGAUUUCAUAUUAGGUUUUGCGCAGCCUACUGUUUCAUUAAUUUUGAAUGAAAAGCUCCCAAUAUUGGAAACCACUAUUUGCAGUCUAUGGAUCAAAACGGAUAUAAGUGAACAACAUAAACAACUGACAAGAAGAAAAUUUUAUACCAAUUCAGGAGUUCCAAAUUUGGUUGGUUGCGUUGAUGGAACGCAUGUUGCGAUUAUUGCUCCAAGUGAAAAUAGGCACUUAUAUCUAAAUCGAAAGGGAUUUUUCAGCAUAAACGCAAUGAUUGCGUGCGAUCAUGAUAUGGUAAUAAGGUGCGUUGAUGCAAGAUAUGGAUCUUCCCACGACUCAUUUGUAGGAGAUCACAAUUCAGUUUAUUUAGAUAUUUUAGGUGAUUCCGGUUAUCCACUACAUGAGUACCUAUGGACACCUUACCGAAAUGCUUUAUCAGGAACAGUGGAAUCACAAUUUAUUAAAAAACAUGCAAAGCCAAGGAACGUAGUUGAAAGUACUAUUGGAGUGCUAAAAUGCCGUUUUCGUUGUAUACUAGGUGAACGUAAACUUCGAUAUUCCCCUAGUAAAGCAACAAUGAUUAUUAAUGUGUGCUGUGCUUUACACAAUAUUUGUUAAUGAUCCUGAACAAGAAACUUUCGUUGAUGUAGUAGUACCACUGGAACCAGUUGAAGAAAACUUCAGUGGUUCAGCAGCGGAUCGUCGCCGAAGACAAAUAGCUAAUUCUUUGUAAAUAUUGUAGUUACAUCCCUAAAUGCAUUAGUACAUAAGUUUGUGUAAUAUAUAAUAUAAAAAUAAUAAAAUUAAUUUUUAAUUAUUUGAAAUUCUUAUUUUAUUUUGUGUGUUUAAUUUGUUUUAAUCUAAUUCCUUUAAUUUAAUUUCAAUUUUUUCUUUAUGUCUCCUUUUUUGCUCAAUAUUUUCUUCUUUCUUCCUUUCUUCUUUUUUUUAUAAUUCCAAUUUUUCUUUUUUUAGCUCAUACAUUUUUCUUGUAUACCUUGCGAUUUCUUUUGUUUCUGACAUAAUACUUUGUAAUAAAUCGACAAGGCUUUCUUGCGUUUGCGCUUGCUUUUCUAAAGCCUUCAUACGCAAAGUUUAAGGCAAAGUAUUUUGACCUUAU